CCCAGAAAAGCAUGGAAUAUGAAAUUGAAUCAAUUCUGCAGGAGCGGAUAAUGGUUUUGGAUGGAGGCAUGGGUACCAUGAUCCAGCAACAUGCCCUGUCAGAAGAGGAUUUCCGAGGGCAUGAAUUUAAAGAUCAUUCCAGGCCUUUGAAAGGCAAUAAUGACCUUCUCAGUAUAACUCAACCUGAUAUAAUCUGUGACAUACACAAGGAGUACUUGCUGUCAGGUGCUGACAUCAUUGAAACUAACACUUUCAGCAGCACCCGAGUUGCACAAGCUGACUAUGGCCUUGAGCAUUUGGCAUAUCAGUUAAACAGAGUCUCUGCGAAGGUGGCCAGAAAAGCAGCAGAUGAUGUAACUGUUCAGACAGGAAUUAGGAGAUAUGUUGCUGGAGCCAUGGGUCCAACAAACAGGACACUCUCUGUGUCACCAUCUGUGGAGAGACCAGAUUAUAGGAACAUAACUUUUGAUGAACUGGUUGAAGCCUAUAAGGAACAAGCCAAAGGACUUUUGGAUGGAGGAGUUGAUAUCUUGUUAGUGGAAACUAUAUUUGAUACAGCCAAUGCCAAGGCAGCUCUUUUUGCACUCCAGACAUUGUUUGAGGAAGAGUAUGCUCCCCGACCCAUAUUUGUUUCUGGAACCAUUGUGGAUAAGAGUGGGCGUACCCUCUCAGGCCAGACAGGGGAGGCAUUUGUCAUUAGUGUUUCCCACAGUAAACCACUUUGUAUCGGCUUAAAUUGUGCUUUAGGGGCAGUUGAAAUGCGACCGUUCAUUGAAACAAUUGGAAAAUGUACAACAGCCUACAUCAUCUGUUACCCCAACGCAGGUCUUCCCAAUACUUUUGGUGGUUAUGAUGAAACUCCAGAAGUGACUGCCAGGCAUCUGAAGAAUUUUGCUUUGGAUGGUUUGGUCAACAUAGUUGGAGGUUGCUGUGGUACUACACCAGCACAUAUCAGGAAAAUUGCCGAAGCUGUGAAAUUCUGUAAGCCUCGUGUUCCACCUUCUCUCUCUCAAGGAUACAUGCUGCUGUCAGGUCUGGAACCAUUCAGGAUUGGGCCAUACACGAACUUCGUUAAUAUUGGUGAACGUUGCAAUGUUGCAGGAUCACGGAAGUUUGCUAAACUCAUCAUGGCAGGCAACUAUGAAGAAGCCCUGAGUGUAGCCAAAUUACAAGUUGAGAUGGGGGCCCAGGUUCUUGACAUCAACAUGGAUGAUGGGAUGCUGGAUGGCCCUGCUGCAAUGACCAGAUUUUGUAACUUGAUUUCUUCAGAACCUGAUAUUGCAAAGGUGCCGUUAUGCAUUGACUCCUCAAAUUUUUCAGUGAUUGAAGCAGGUUUGAAAUGUUGCCAAGGGAAAUGCAUUGUAAACAGCAUCAGUCUGAAGGAAGGUGAGGAAGACUUUUUGGAGAAAGCAAGGAAAAUUAAGUUGUAUGGAGCAGCUGUGGUUGUCAUGGCUUUUGAUGAAAUGGGGCAGGCAACAGAAACAGAAACCAAGAUUGCAAUCUGUUCCAGAGCUUAUCACCUCCUUGUGGAAAAAGUGCAAUUCAAUCCAAAUGAUAUAAUAUUCGACCCUAAUAUUUUGACCAUAGGAACUGGCAUGGAAGAACAUAACCUGUAUGCCAUGAAUUUUAUCAAUGCUACUAAAACCAUAAAAGAAACACUGCCGGGAGCCAGGAUAAGCGGAGGUCUUUCCAAUCUGUCUUUCUCCUUUCGAGGAAUGGAUGCCAUUCGAGAAGCAAUGCAUGGGGUGUUCCUUUACCACGCAAUUAAGUAUGGCAUGGACAUGGGAAUUGUGAAUGCUGGGAAUCUGCCAGUGUAUGACGAUAUCCAUAAGGAAUUGCUGCAGCUGUGCGAGAAUCUAAUCUGGAACAAAGAUCCUGAUGCGACAGAGAAACUCUUACAUUAUGCUCAGAAUCAUGCCCAAGGAGGAAGAAAAGUUGUACAGACUGAUGAGUGGCGGAAAAGCUCUGUGGAGGAAAGGCUGGAAUAUGCUCUCAUAAAGGGCGUUGAGAAGUAUGUCACCGAAGAUACAGAAGAAGCAAGAUUAAAUCAGGAAAAAUAUCCUAGACCUCUAAAUGUGAUUGAAGGGCCCUUGAUGAAUGGCAUGAAAAUUGUUGGUGAUCUUUUUGGUGCUGGAAAGAUGUUUCUGCCUCAAGUGAUAAAGUCUGCUCGAGUUAUGAAGAAAGCAGUUGGCCACCUUAUUCCCUAUAUGGAAAAAGAAAGAGAGGAAAGGAGAGCCAAACGAGGCAGCGUAGAGGAAGAG